UGUUGCACGUGUGGUUUUGUGAAGUUCGUUUUUUCCAAUGUUAUGGCGUUUGAACUCCUUGGAAGGGUGGCUCACCGAUUUAUUGGUAUAUCCGUAGGUCUGGGAAUGGGAGGACUGCUAAUUUACAAGAGUGCAGCCGAGGUUUUUCCUCGACAAACCUGCAAAGCUAUCACUGGGCUCAAAACCGACGAAGAGCCGAGGACCCACGUGAAAGUUCCUGAACGCUGCAAAAUACAGUUUAAUGAGGUGGCGAAAACGUUCGGUUACGAAAAUGUAGAAGAUAUCGUGUUGUUUAUUAACCAAGGAGCUUAUCCAAUUUCGGCUGGAUCUCCUUCUUUACCGAACGGAUCUGUAGUAGGGUUACCGAAAUGGUUUCUGUUUGAGAGCGAUCAAGACAUCGAAAAGUCUGGAAUAAGUUUUAAAGGAAGAGACAUCAAAUGGGAUUCAGAACUUGGAGUUAUGAUCAAGGAAUGUCUAACUCCAACUGAUGAUAUGAUAGCUUUUGCAGUCGGCCAUGAACUUGCCCGAAUCCAGCGUACAGAUUAUUUGGCUAUUAACGCUGUUCUUGCUCCAACGUGGUUGUACCUCACAUUUAGGAUUGCCAAUGCCACUCCACGAUUCUUUAAACUUCGGACAGUGCUUGACAUAAUUCUUAAGCUUCUUCUCUGCAGGAUGAGCUACCUUUGUUACAAACUUGUCAAUGGAUAUCUCUAUCACAAUGUAGUUUACAAUGCAGACGAAGCAGCUGCGAAAUGUGAUCCUAGAAUGCUCAUAGGAGGUGUAGAUUUUCUCUCCAAGAGAAUUCAGCUCAACUUAAUUCUGCGUAGAUUGCAUGGUAGGGAGGGAAAAGACUACUACACAAAAGAAGGAAAUGAAAUUGAAUCCUAUCUAUAUCCACUCUUGACUGACAGGCUUGAGAAAUUGAAAGCUCUUCAAGGCCAGAAUACAGGUAUGAAUUGA